CUUCCGUUUUGUCUCUAAAAAUGAUGAGGAGAGGACAAUAUCUUCGUUUGAAGGAUACUGCAACUAAAUGGGACAUUUUUGAUGUAACAGAUUUAAAAGGAAGUGUUUGGGUCCUUGUGGAUAGCUGUGUGUAAAAUGAUCAGACCAUCACAAUUUCACAAGAAAGUGUUACAUCUUUGUUCAACACAACCAGCAAUACCACCCUUACAACUAAAGAUCUCAUACAACCAUACCUUGCGACCUUGGAUCUCCAGUGAACUCAUCACCCUGCAUCAUGGACCAGCAGCGUCUGCUUCAUCAGUUCAUACAGCGAACUGGACUCGAGUUAGAGGCUGCAGCCAGUAUUCUUCGGAGAACUGACUGGGACCUUGUGGAAUCCUACCGCAUGUUUGACAAUUUAGUCAAGAUUGGCAAGAUCAAGCCCGUCCAGCCACCAAUGCAUUCCCGCUUGUCCAGUGCUCCAGGGAUGACUGGUGGUCAACCGUCCCGCUCAUCAGCUGGUCCAGGAAUGACCAUCAACCAGCCAUCCCGCCUGUCCAGUAAUCCGGGGAUGAACAGUGGUCAGAAUAUGUCAAAUGCCCAGCGGUACUCAAGUGGACAGCCCAGGCAGGAGAGCUACCCCAGGGGUACAGCUUUAUACCGUGGGCCACAGCCACAAGAGAGGAUAAUUCCCAUACAGGUGGAGAAGCCUCGUCCACUGUCACAGGCGGCGGGCCGCACCUCCACCCCUCCCCCAAUGGUCAAGAGACCAGUCAGUCAACAAGUGCAGUACAGGGAUCAUCCAGGUGACAGAUAUCCUGGGGAGCAGAGUAGGCUGUCUGGAGACCCAAAUAGAUACCAAGGAAACCAAAACAGGUUUCAAGGAGGCCAUGAUAGAUAUCCUGGGGAUAUGUCUGCAGGUCAUAACAGGUUAGAUGACCGUGCUACGUUUCAAGGGGAUCAAACUAGGUUAUCAGGGGACCAAGGUAGGUUUCAAGGUGACCAUAACCGGAUGCAUGGUGAUCAAGGGAGGUUACCAGGUGACCAUUGCAGGUUACCUGGAGACCAGGGCAAGUUCCAUGUUCAAGCAGUCAAGCCACAAACUACCUCCUAUCAAGGAACACCUGGUCAGUAUAUGUCUGGACAAGGGAGAGGCCUGGAGAUCAACUCAAGGUCAAAUGCUCCCUCUUAUAGUGCUGAAAAUGGACAAAUCAGAUCUGGUAUAGGGUCUGGUCCAGGGCAGAAAAUAUCAAUCAUCAAUAUCCAGGGUCCUGGUCAGCAUUCAGCAACCGAGACUGAAAAUCAGAAAAGGUCAGAUACUUCUAUACAGUCUGGAAAUCCUCACACCACAGGAUUUGGAUCUCAGGUUAAGCAACAAAGUCAAGUGCCAGUGAUAAAAACACAUUCUCAGGCACCAAGACCUCACAGUGAGGUCCUGCAUGACAACAGGGUAUCACCACCGAGAAUGGUGGGAGGCUCCUUACCCCAGAACCAGAUGACAACUACACAGAGGCCAGUCAGUGAGAUUGUCACCAGUGGUAAACACACCUCGACUGGUAAACCUGACACCAAGUCUGCUGAUGUGACGCCCACAGGGGACCAAGGAGAGACAGAGGUCACAGGGGGUCUCGACACCAAGGCUUCACACGUUACUCCAUCAUCUCCGCGGCCCUUGAAGCGUGGAUUCUCUAAGAUCGUUGAGAAUGAGUCUCUGGUGAGUGCGACCAGGAGUAGCCUGUUACAUGACAUCGAAGAGGACAGCCAUGAUCACAUGUAUGUACAGACCUUCGUCCUCCCUGAUCUAACAAUCUUCUCCUCAGACUACCGUGCUUUCCUGGAGAAGGACCUCGUCGAAACCUCCACACUGGUCUCCUUGGAACAAGCAGGACGACUAAACUGGUGGGCAGAGAUGGGCAUCUGUCAGCGACUCCUUCCCAUGGCCACUUCAGGAGACGGUAACUGUCUGCUACAUGCAGCAUCUCUAGCGAUGUGGGGUAUCCAUGACCGGGAGCUGAUGUUAAGGAAGGCUCUGUACGAUACACUCACACAACAGACAUACAGCAAGGCCCUGUACAGGCGCUGGAGGUGGCAACAGACCCAGGUCAACAAAGAGUCCGGUCUGAUCUUCUCUGAGGACGAAUGGCAGCAGGAGUGGAAGGGAAUCCUGAAGCUGGCCUCCAGCCGUCCGAGAUCUCUCCCCGGCAUGUCCCGUCGCAGUAGUAGUUGUUGUGACAGCGCCAUCACUCAGGGAGGAGAAACAUUGACUCCCGUCGUGUACGAAAGUCUGGAGGAGUUCCACGUGUUUGUGUUGGCCCAUGUCCUACAGCGAGCUAUCAUUGUUGUGGCAGACACCAUUCUCAAGGAUUCCCAUGGGGAUGCUCUUGCUCCGAUUCCCUUUGGUGGGAUUUACCUGCCCCUAGAAACUGAGUCUAAGUCAUGCUAUAAGUCACCACUGCUACUCACUUAUGAUGCUGCUCACUUCUCUGCUCUAGUGCCUAUGGAAAAACAAAGCUCACCUCCCACUGAUGACAAAUCAGCUCUUCCAGCUGCAGUGCCCCUGGUUGGACCUGACCUUGUUCUGCUACCUCUACAUUUUGUGGUGGACCCAGGAGCAGGAUAUGAUUGGGGGCGUACCAACUGCAUUGGUGUUAGUGUGUGUAAUAGUCUGGAGGAUCGCAUCAACCUGCUACAACAGUUCCUAGAUAUGGACAAACUGCCCAUUCUUUGUGAGAGUGAUUAUGAUAGUGACGCACGCUCAACUGGCUCAUAUGAGUCUGACGAAAAUCUGGGGUGUAUUGGUAAGGAUAAAAAGCGUGACAGCAAAAUGUCUCAACAGAUCCAGAACAUGACAAAACAGUUUGGAAGUUUGGGUAAAAGUGUAGGUAAAAAGUUACGUAAGAACUUUGGAAGUGUGGGAAAGGCCCUCAAGUCAAUGGGGCCAGAUUCAGAGAAGGGGAAGCGUGUUGGUGGUGUUACACAAAGUACGAAGAUACCACUCACUAUAGCAGCCAUGUCAGACCAGGAACAGACUUUUGUUUGGUGCGCAAAACUCUCGGUAUCUCAUAGCCAGACUCAUAGACGUAUGAUCAACAAUUACCUUCAAGACUCUGAACUACGCUUCAAGCAAGAUCGGGAGUUGAUGAGACCCAGUCGGGAGGAAAUUAGGCGACGAUCUCUCGGCACUUAUGCUGAUGGUGAUCACUUGACCAAGUGUGUCACGUCUAACUGCAACAUGUACGGUAACCCAGAAACCUGCUACCUGUGUUCUAAGUGUUUCUCUGAGCAAAGACUUGAGGCUUUAGAGAAAGAAAAGUUGAGCAAUAAAUCUACUAACCCUCCAAAUCCAUCAAAAGGUUCAGAUCCAGUUAUCAAAAAAUGUGGCCAGUCCAUGUUUUACAUUUCACCAGAUGAGGUUGCUGAUGAUGAUGCAUUUGUCACAGAUCCAAAGCUGCUGGCAUCAAAGUCAAGUGCACCGACUUCACAGCUUAACAACAAACUCCACACAAAUGUCAUGUCUGCCCGAGAUAGAACGCCAUCUCCAGACUAUGAUAAUGUGGAAUACAAGACUUAUAACAAAACAGCUCCACACCCAUCGGGCCCAGGCCGAAUGUCUAAUUCUUCAACAUCUGGGCACUCAACAGCUUCCAACCCCUCAGGACCUGUCCAUGCUUCUGUUACACAACCAAAAAUGGCCAACACAGCUAACAAAGGGGUCGGGGCUCCAUGUAGAACAGCAGGUUGUACAUUUUUUGGAACAGAAGCCACUCAAUUCUAUUGUUCUGCCUGCUUCAAAAACUCAGCUGUUGCCCAGAAACCACAUGGUUACAUAGUGACGUAGCAGUAUUGGAGUACUACAUUAAUGUAUAUAUCUAUACGGGUAGAAACAGUCAUGCAUUUUGGGCUUACAACACAAGCUUCUUCGUAUGAUCUUACUUGUUUGACCAUUGAUUUAAUGUUUUUGAGUUCUAUUCAUCUUAUAUGCAAUACAUUUGUAUAGUCAUGAACGUUAAUGAAUUUUCCUGAUUUGAAUUUUAUUUAUUUCGUGCCAGCAUCAAAGAUGCGAGUGUCCCAUGGUGUUCAUCUCUCUGACCUUCUGUCCAUCCCCACUUCAUUUCUGGAGGUUUUCUCAAAAUCAAAGGCCAACAAUUCUGAUAUUUGGUAUAUUUUAUUUCAUUGUGAUGCACUGCAAUAGGUAGACAGGAGGAUGGAACAUACAACCUACAUACCUACCUUGUGGUAUCUCAACGCCUACUGUACAACAGACAGUAUGGUGUGAGACUUAAGCUAUAGUUAUGUAUUUAGUAUUAGACGUACAAGUUAUUUAAAGGCUAGUCUACCGUUACAACAUCAUCCAGUGUGGCUUCUAUAUAAUUACAUCAUUGUUUUGGUUCAGUUUUUUUGGAUUGUUUAAAUUUUUACAUGAUAUUAAUUAUUAGGUAUGUUUUAUGCAACAGGAUUUUUUGCUAGUAACAUUUCAAGAUUAUUGAUACUGCAUAUGGUUAUAUGUACCCUGAUAUCUUUUGUUAAAUGCUUUUAGAUAAAGCUUCAUUGACAUUCAAGAUGUCCCAUGAAUUCCUCAACACAAUUAUUCAUAUGUACAUUGAACUUUAACACCUGAAUAGAUUUUGGUGGUAAGUAUACCAUCAUCGAUCUGGGGUCAAGAGUCAAAGGUCACACUUAACCAGUGUUGUGAAGCAGGGGGUAUAUUUAGUGACCCCACUCCCGGCUACUUAUCAGUGGUCAAACAGGGUAUUGGUAUUUAUCAUGCAAAUGGCAUCCCCAUUGUCAGAAUAUACCCAACACAUAUAAAUGCUGUAUUCAGCAGUGACGGAAAACAGCUGUAUUUUAGAAUCUUAGUACAGUACAUGCGUCAAUUCAAUGACCUACUUCCAAGCGAGAAAAAAAAAAAUAUUUAAAAGGCGAAGAUAUUUGGAACAUUUUUGUUACCAUUUCAAUUAAAAAUGCUUAUUUUUUGAAACGUUUCAACUUAAGCACCAGGCCCACAUAGUCAUUUCAAUAAACUCUUCUAUAAAGAUAGCUUUAAUUGAUGUCAGAAAUCCAUGCAGUAGAUUAACAUUUGAUAAAAGUACUAACCAGAUAAAAUAUACUGUAAACUUUGAUAUAAUGCCCCAAACUUUGAUAUAAUGCCCCUUAAACUUGAUAUAAUACCCCUUAACCUUGAUAUAAUACCCCUUAACUUGAGAUAAUGCCCCAGACCAUGAUAUAAUGUCCCUAUAUUAUUUAAAGGAAAUCCUUGGUAUACAGUAAUGCCCAUUGACCUUGAUAUAAUGCCCCAAACCUUUGAUACAGUGCCCCUAAACCUUGAUAUAAUGCCCUGGACCAUGAUAUCAUGCCCCCAAACUUUGAUACGUAUAUAUAUAUAUACAGUGCCCCUAAACCUUGAUAUAAUGCCCCCAAACUUUGAUAGUGCCCCUAAACCUUGAUAUAAUGCCCCUAAACCUUGAUAUAAUGCCUCUAUAUUACAUUAUUAAGUAAAUCCUUGGUAUAAUGCCCUUUGCUUCAUUUCCCAACUUGCUUAUUGGUAAUCAUGAUUUAUAGUCCCUUUUUGACAUUUCUUUCAUCCUUUUAUAAAUCUUCCUUUACAUUUUGCCAAAGCCCUGACUGGACGGAUGAUGGAAGUAUAAAGAGUUUUUAAUGUACAUGUACUUAAUAAUAUAACCUGCUGUAUUGUAAUAAAUUGAUUGUUAUAAUUUUUCUUUUUUUUUUGCAGUUACACGUAAAUAAUAUCUUCAUUUUUAAAUGUUGCAUCUUUACGAAAUGAUUUUUCAUUUCAUAUAAUUAUAUAAUAAUUUAUAUAUAUAUAUAUAUAUUUGAUUUUCAUCUAAUGAUUUCAUAUGUUAAUAAUUCCAUAAUGUUCUUGUUUUUCAUGGUUGUAUUAAUAUUGAUUGAUUUUGACACUUUAACAUUGUCUCACCUCAUGAACAUUUCAUUUUCCUCAUGGUUCAAGAUGGGUUGAGCAUUUUGUAAUUUUUUAAUCAUCUUUACCAAAUUGCUGUUUCAUUGUUAACGUUUUAUUAUAUAUAUAUAAAUAGCACAAAAUGUGAUCAAGUGGCAGGUAAUCUCUAGUAUUUUGCUGAGAUAAAAGUUCUUAAAAAUAAAAUGAAAAUUUUCUUAAUGUUUUUUUUCUGAUGACAACAGCUUCAUUAAAAUUUCUAUGCUACCAGUAAUCACCAGCAAAAGCAUCAAGGAUGCAGCAAAAAUUGUUUGUUACAAUUUUCAUGUUAUUUUUGCAAGCUUCAUGAUCUGUUUAAUUUCUAAUGAAUAAUACCACUUAAAGUGUUUAGUUCCAACAUGUCUAAGGCCAAAGACAAGCACAAAUUACAAGUAUUCCUUAUAAUUAACACAUUAGGAUCUACUAAGGGUAAGACAAAUUUGUAUGCAAGCAAUUUUAUUGUAUUGUUGUUGCUGUUUGUUAAGACAUUUCAUGUGAAAAUAUAUACAUCCCAGUACUGUCAAACAGGAAAUGUUGAUGUUUACUUUCUUUUGUGGUUUUGAAAAUUCAGAUUAUUUUGUGGGUACAAAUCUGCAUGGUUAUCUCAUGCAGCAAAAAUACUGUACAUACAACAAUAUUUGUUGUAUUUAUAUUUGUGGUUAGCGACCAUGAAAACAAAAGUUUCUACACAACAAAAGUUUCAUGUUAUACAGUAUUUCAUAUCAGGUUGUUGCAUUGUUUUUUCGUCCAAUGCUUUAGGCAAAUUGCCCUCUCCAUUGUGAUAAGUUUUCAUGUUUUGAAGUUACUGCUAUGAAAGAUAAGUCCCAUAAUUACUUGUUAUGUUCAUACAUGUGUGCUUUUAAUUUCUCUUGAUUUUGCACAAUGAUGUAUGUACUGAUUUAGUAAUUGUUUUAUAGGUAAUUAUUCUAUGUUUUUUGCAGAAAAUGAGAUACUCAUUAUGUGGAUCCAUCCACUUUCCAUCCAUACAGCUGUGUGGAUCCUUUGCUGUCCAUCCAUACAUCUGUGUGGACCCUUUGCUGUCCAUCCAUACACUUGUCCCAUGUAUAUCAUUCCUCUGUCUGUAUGGAUCAAUCCUUUGUCCAUCUGUCAAUGUGGAUCUUUUGUUGUAUAUUUCCUGUCUGUGUGGAUCUAUCCUCUGUCCAUCCAUACAUCUGUCCAUGUGGAUCUUUUGUUGUAUAUUUUCUCUGUCUGUGUGGAUCUAUCAUCUUUCCAUCCAUACAUCUGUCCAUGUGGAUCUUUUGUUGUAUAUUUUCUGUCUGUGUGGAUCUGUCCUCUGUCCAUCCAUACAUUUGUCCAUGUGGAUCUUUUGUUGUAUCUUUCCUCUGUCUGUGUGGAUCUAUCUGUCCAUCCAUACAUCUGUCCAUGUGGAUCUUUUGUUGUAUCUUUCCUCUGUCUGUGUGGAUCUAUCCUCUGUCCAUCUUUACAUCUGUCUGUGUGCAUGGAUCCAUAUUUUGUCAUUCCACACAUCUGUCCAUGUGGAUUCAUCUGCUGUCCAUCCAUACAUCUAUCAGAGUUAAUCUAUAAUCUGUCCAGUCGUACAUUUGUCUUUCUAUCAGUUCUUCCUCUAAUCACCUAAUCAUGGUAUUAUUAAAGUCAAAGUGACAAGUCACUGGCUAUGUUUGAUCUCCAAUGGGAUGCAUGAUACAUUUAUAUUUACAACUAAUGAGACUGCUUGAUUCUGGUUGUUUUCAAUAAGUUUCCUAAGAUGGUCUAAUUUCACCCACAUGUAAACAUCAUGCUAAGCUUUAAGUAAUCAUGAAAGUGGUGCUUGGUUAUAUAUGUAUAUAUGAUGAGACUACUGUAUUUUGGGUGGUUAAUAUGCCUGUUUACAAUAACUACCCCAUCAAUGGUUAGAAUUUAACUCAAUUUGGUAUAUUUUUAUCAAAUUAUGCACUGUAUGCAGUAUUUAUAUCCAUGUUAACCAAAUCUGUUAUUGAAUCAUAUAAUAAAGGCAAGUCUUUACACUUCAUAUGUUUACAUCAGAUCUCAACAGUAGACUACACCAGUGUUCUGAAUGUGGAGGAUGCAAAUUGCUUCUGGUACCUAAUUAGUUCUCCCCCAGCCCCGGAAGGAGGGUGACUAUAUACUGUAGUUUUGGGUCCAUCCAAGUUCUUCCGUCCUUCGACUAUCUUAUCUGGGUUAUCUUCUACACUGUUUGGAACUUGUCAUUCAUACUUGGUAUGGGUUCACCUUGGUAAGGCAAUGUGUCAGGUAUCAGAAUAAGGUCAGUCUGACCUGCAUUUUGACCUUUGAUCUGCAUAAAAAAGAGUUUGUUUGGGCUCUAUUUCCUGUACUAGUCACUGUAACAUCAUACCUGGGGUAUGGGUUUACCUAGGUGAGGUGGUGUGUUAUGUAUCAAAAGUAGGUCACUCUGACCUACAUUUAUGAUUAUGACCUUCAACCUUCAUAAUAAAGAGUAUGUCUGGACUAUAUAUCCUGCACUAGAUACUAGUCACUGAACUUCCUACCUGGGGUAUUGGUUUACCUUGACCACUGGAGCUUCAUACUCGGAGUAUGGGUUCACCUUCAUUAUUACAAAUUUCUUAUUUAUGCUUUCAUGGCAUAUAAUUUCACUUCUGGUGGGGGAUUAUUUCAUUGAUUUGUCUUAUUUGAAAUAUGGUUCUAAACCUCAUGUUUAAAGAUAAAUCUUUAAUGAAUUAGUGCUUAAUAUACCAUCAAAUUUAAUUUUAUUUUCAUAGUUUAUAUUCAGUUAACAACUGUUUUAAUUAACAUCUUUGUCAAAUGUUCUUUGGUUGAUUUCUUUAAUCAUCUUCAUGUUCUUUUUGACAAUUUUGAAUAAAAUGACAUCAAAGUUGAAAUGCUGAAAGUUUAAGCACAAAUUAAACAGUGAUAAUUACUUUUUGGUUCAGUUCCGGACACUUUUUAUUCGAGCAUGGGCUUCCAGCUGUAAUACUAAUCCAAUACCUCCUGUAACUUCUGAAUAUUUUAGCUUUAAAUUUUAAUGUUUAUUGAUUCUUAUUUCUUUUUGCACUCAAAUUUUGUUGUGAUGCAGCCAUGCUAUAAACCAUAUAUAUAAAUGUUAACUUAUCAGAUUAUAAGGCUCGGGGGCCGUGGUGGCCGAGUGGUUAAGGUGUCCCGACACUUUAUCACUAGCCCUCCACCUCUGGGUUGCUAGUUCGAAACCUACAUGGGGCAGUUGCCAGCUACUGACCGUAGGCCAGUGGUUUUUCUCCGGGUACUCCGGCUUUCCUCCACCUCCAAACCUGGCACGUCCUUAAAUGACCCUGGCUGUUAAUAGGACGUUAAACAAAAACAAACAAACCAAAUUAUAAGGCUCAGUAAUCUGGAAUAGUCCAUAACAGUAAAGAAUAUGGACUCUAAUAUUUCCAAACUACAUUCUUGUUCUGCUAACCAUAUGUGAUAAUAGGUUGCAGAGCUCCUGUUGUUUUAAUCUACCCAGAUAUGAAAAUGGCCACCAGUUUGUGCUGGGAAGUCAGACAUAUCAGUAUAGAUCAUAUCAAAAAAGUAAUUUGAUUAUUUAUAGUGAGUUAUCAAUAGGAAUUGUGUUUUAAACUUGUUAAAUCACUGAUUGAAAAAUCUAUGAUAAAUAUUAUAUGGUGUAGGUGUAUAAGUUUGUACUGUUAACAUUGUUACAGGGUUAUCCACUAAGGUAUUGCUGAAAUAAGCAUUGAAAUAUGCAAUCUAAAUAACUUUUCAGUAUUUACAAUACAGGUACUUUGUACUUGUACAAUUCACGUCAUGCAUGUGAAUCUCAUUUGUGAUAUGCAAUGUAUAUUAAAAUUUAAAAAUCAAAUGGAAAAUAAUACACAUUUCAACAAACAUCUGUUGAACAAUUGUUUUAAUGUUAAUUGUUGAGAUAUUAGAACAAACUUGAUGUGUGUUUAAAACAUACUCUCAGACAAGACCGAGAAUCCUCUGAUACAACAGACCUUACUACAUAUGGCUGUUUCUUCUACAUGAUAUUCACAUGGAUGCACAGAUCAAAGAAUGUUAAGAUUAACAGAUACAUUUUACUCCAAGUUUUGUUCAGCCAACAUGGAUUGUGAAGCAGAAAGAAAUUGAACUUCAACCAAACUAGAAAAAAUGGAUCAUAUUAUCAUGUUAUACAAAAAGCAAAAUAUGUAGGAAAUGAAAAUUAAUUUUGAAAUAAAAAAGAAAUAAUUUUAAAAAGCAUUUUUUUAUCAGAUGAAACUUGUUAAUGAUAAAUGCAAUUUGAUUUUUAAAAUUAAAACAUCAGCAAGAAGAUUAUUUGGAAGAGUGCAAGUUUAUUUGAUUGAGUUGGUUUCUAGAGAACAGCAAACCUGUGAACAAGUCCCAUCCUUAUCACUGGGAUAAACCUUUUUGUUCUGUGACAGGGCUGAAAGACAUUUUCUUCUGUAAGCAAAAGUGUUCUAGCUACAAGGUCAAAUCCCUUUAGGUCAAAUCAUUCUAGUUAACUUUUAAUAUAACUAUAUAUUUAACCUUAUUUAUUUUACAACAAUUGCAAAACUACUUACAUUUAUCACUCUUAUUGGCCUGGAUAGGAAUCUGAGAUGGGUCUUACUAUGGGAGGAAAUGUAAGAAAACCGACAAGGUCGGGCAAGUGACCUUGAGGACCUUUUCAGUUCGACCAGACUGUACUGAUAGAUAUGAGCUGAUUUUGAUUAUUAAAAUCAGGAUACCUCUAUGUUAUGUCUACCUCCUGUUUAGACAGACAUUGAUAGGGAUUACCUAACAUUUACUUGUGAUAUCCAUUAGAAGGUCAGGCCAGUACUUUGUUUUUGAUAUUUUUUCUUGCAAAUGGUCCAUAUUUGAUACCUAUUCAGAAUAAUUUUCUCCUUGUUUGUUUAUCAUGCACAAUGCAUUUGGGUAAUUUUCAUAUUUCAUAUGUUAAAGUUUACCACAUAACUCAUGAUUCCAUUGAUUUAGUGAAUCAUAAUUUAUACAUGAGUGAUGUUUUAAGAGGUUUCAUAUACAUAUUAAUGUUUCACAUAAUUAUUUUCAUGAGUGUUGAAAUAUCUUUGCAUAUAUGCUAGCAUAGCUGUUUACAUGAACUGUAUAUGACCUAAUUAGGGCACCUGCCCUAAUAAGGGCGCCCCUACCUUUUUCCAAGAAAAAAACCUUUGACUGCAUGUCAAAAUGAUGUGAAAAAGUAAUAAUCUAUGUGAAAAUGUUUUGCUUCUUUUUGUGUUUAAUUUUCUUUAGCAAAAUUACCCGUAGUCACCAGACAGAAGUCAUGGCAACAUUGUCUAAGCUUAUACAAUUUUACAGGAAUAUUCCAUUGAUAUUUAAGCUAAAUAAAUGAUCAUGAAUAGGUAUCUUCAUCCAGAACAUUUUUAUAACCUAUUAUUUUACCAUUUCCGCAGCCUUGGAUAUUCUGCAAUAAGGUAUGGUCUGUUUUAUAAAACUUCAGAAUAACGAACCUUCAUAAGGGCGCCCCCACAGUCAAUUAAUCGCGCCUUGCGCCCUUAUUAGGACAAAUACGGUACAUGUGUCAGCGUGACUGUUUUACAUGUACAUGUGUCAGCAUGACUGUUUUACAUGUGUACAUGUGUCAGCGUAACUGUUUUACAUUAACAUGUGUUAGCAUAGCUGUUCACAUGAACAUGUGUUACCAUAACUAUUUAUAUGUACAUACAUGUUACUUGUUGAUAAUAUGCAUUUCAGAUUAUUUAAUGUUAAGACAAACUUAACAUUGAUGUAAAACACACAAAAAGUAUUUAUUAUUUAUUUUUAUUUUUAUUUAUCAUUAAUAUUUUUUAUUAAUUUUUUUUCAGUUUGUUAAUUUUGAUAUUUAGAUUGAUCUUGUGUUCCUCAUAAAAAUCGUUCAACUUUUAGUCAGUUUCAACAAAAUAUUAUUUGUUGGUUACCUAACAUAAUAUUGAUGACUGGUCCCUAACCAGCACCAGUACUCCGAUGUAUUAUACCAAUGUUAUCAUGCUCUAUAUCUUCCUGCCAUGCAGAAUGUAACGGUAUGUAUAUAUAUGUACUGUAUAUAUAUAUUUGCUAGAUACUAUACUUGCGAACAAUGUCCUUGAAGUUUGUGUACAAAUGCUGUCUGUCAACUGUUGACAAAGUGGAAGUCAUUGUACAUAAAGCUGAGAAUUAGUGUGCCUGUAUGAAUGUCUGUACAUACUGCUGUAUUCAGUGAGAAUAUGUGGAUAAAUCAUAAUGAUGUAUUUUCUGAGAAUGAUAGGUGUUUAGUGUAGAAGUACUCAUUAUGUAUAAAUGCAAUUCCCUAGCUUAGUUAAGAAUAUCCAUUUUCCUGAGAAUGAGUAAAGAAACAUUUCAAUGCAAGGGAACAAUGAGAAUGAGUGGUGAAAAUAUCACAAUUAUACGUGAUUUAGCCUGAAUUGUCUCAGGAUUUGUAUACAUUGUAGGUACAUGAACACAUGUAUAUAGGUUAUUUUGAAUUUGUAUUCAUAGAGAGGACAGCUUGUAAGACUGAUGGAGUGGUACAUUUCUAUGUUGGAUGAGUGUUAAUAAAUUUAGAACAACGAUAGUCUGUAAUGUCCUAGGUCAGGUAGAGCAGAGAACAUAUAGGUAGUGUUGGCCAAGAUAUUCUUAAUUGGUUCUGUAUCGUAUAGAGUAAACAAAAGGUAGUUAAAAACUAUCCAAUAAAGUUAAAGUGUGUGUUGGGGGUGGGGAUGCUGUUCCAUAGCAAGAUAGUGGGUAACAGUGGAUCCACUAGAGGGAGCUGUCUUAUAUAACAAAUGGUAUGUACACUGUCCUCUGUUGGAAGUUAUUCUGAAGGAAAGGUAGUACAUGUAUACUGUCCACUAGGGGGGGUUGUUACAUAUAACAGGUGGUAUGUACUGUCCACCAGGGGGAGCUGUUGUAUAUUGUCCCCAAGAGAAAGUUUUUCUGUAAGGAAGGUAGUACAUGUAUACUGUCCACUAGAGAGGGUUGUAACAUAUAACAGGUGGUAUGUACUGUCCACCAGGGGGAGCUGUUGUAUAUUGUCCCCAAGAGAAAGUUUUUCUGUAAGAAAGGUAGUAUAUUCUCCACUAAAAGGAGUUCUUACAUAUACCAGGUCAUACAUGUUCUGUCCACUAGGGACAGCUGGUGGUACACUGCCCAGUAGAGGGAUUUGUUACAUAGAACAGGUAUGUAGUAUGCUGUCCACCAGGGGGAGCUGUUUACAAAGUUCUUGUUGAGGGGAUAUUAGAUUACUAUCUGGUACAUGUACUUCUGCUAGAUGGAGAACUGCUCAGUACUCAGACAGGAAAGGAGUUGUUACAAAAACAUGUCUAGUGCAUGGAGGAAUGUUCAAUACUCCACCAGAGAUCCAUCAGACAGGGAGCUGUUUAAAGGAUGAGGAACAAGUGGCUGUCCACAGUAUGUUUUACAAUGUGGAUAUUUAAGUUUUGUUUCCCUUUCAUUUAAGUUGUACUUUAUUUUACCUGGCUGCGGUGUGACAUGUGUUUUUUACUCUGGAAAAAUGGAAUAUUGGCAUAAUUUAGUCUAAGAUUCUGUGUUCGAUGUUCAAGGAAUUGUUCUUAAAGUCUUCCAGAAAUUUCAUCACUGAUGCAGCAUGUAUAAUGUACUGUACCUUUUGUUUUAAGUUUUCAUGUGUUGCUAUUGAAAGAUUAUUUAAACAUAGGGAAAUUAUAUCGGUCAAGCUGCCACACCUGAGUUUGAAACAAUGACAUGCUUUGUUUUCAGAAAACAGUUAAUAAUUUGUUUUCAGAAGGUGGUGUAGUUCAAAAUGAAAUGUUUUGCAAUGAGUAGUCUACAUUAUAUUCAUUGUUAUUGGUGCAAUGUUCACGUAAUUGUAAUCAAUGUGGCAAGUUAUUGAAGUUAGCUUUUUGUUGAUUGAAAGUUUAACAGUUGAAUAUACUGACCAGGUUUGCUUCUUCAUAAAUUGAUCCUCAAGACUGUCGUACAAGGAUUGACAGAGAUCUCUACAAUCAUACUUCAGUAAGCAUCAAAUGAAACCUUCAUUUGUAGGCAUAGUCAUUUUUGGAUAUUAAUAUAACACAUCAUGCAUGUGCUGGUGUUCAGUAUACUUCUAAAGUUGUCGGUAUACAUACUAUUUAAAGCUAGCUUGUGUUUGAAUUCAAUACAUGUAUCAGUGUUAUAAAGACUGAGAGUAAUUUUUGUUUUGCUUGAGAGUAGUUAACUUCAUAAUCAAUGUAAUAAUGAUGGGGACAGUUUGCCAAGAAAGAUUAAAUAACAGAAAAGAAAUAUUAUUAUGAUAUUAUGAUAACAUCAAACAAUCAGUUGCAUAAACAAAUGCUCUUUUAUUUACCAGAAUAACUUUGUUUACAGGGCAUUCAUUCAGCUAUUUGUUACUGAUUUUGUUUUGAUUUUCUGAAUUGAUCUUGAAUUCAGAAUAAUUGUUUGUCAGCAAAGUAAGUUCCAUUAGGACUUAAGUUUCAAUUAAGAAUUCCAAUAUUUUUGUAAGGGUUACCUAUUUAUUGGGGUAAUAAAGUAAAGAAAGCCGAGGUGAAAUGCACAAUUAAAUAUAUUUACUCCAUUAAGCCAGAUGUAAUAUGUGCAUGUCUUUGUUCCUUUGUAUUUUGUUAUAUAUUAUAAAAAAUAGUAUGGCUUUAUUAUAAUUUUUUGUGCUUUUUAUUGAAAAAAAAAAACGAAUUAUAUACAAUAUAUUAUUUUCCUUUGUUCAUUAAAGUUGAGUCAUUGUGACAUU